CACAUAGUACUGGAGCUGGUCUCCAACACUGGCUGGGAUUUGAUUUUGGCUUGGAAAGACCCUGCAGGCCAGGGGUGCAGUGGCCUUUGUGUGGGAUUUCUACCUGCUGAGCUCAUAUUUUUAUAAUUCACUAUCCUCCUUACCUGCUGCUGGCAGCGCAGGUUGGACCAGGGCAGGACUUCCUAAAAGAGAUUUAAACCAGAGGAACUGGAUUCACUCUGUGGACUCAGAGGUCAUCCCACUGACCAACUGUGAGGCCAUGUACCAGGCAGCUGUCUCCAAGCGAGCAGAUAACAUCAUCCCCAGCGGGGUCAUGGAGGAGUUGGAGGUCUGUUCCCUGCCUGGGGGUCUUGCCAGUGUGAGGAAACAAUUUGAGACCCAGGAAACUACAACAUCACACAAUGUAACCCAGUUCCAUUUUCAUCACAGAACUGUGCAGGAAAUGUCGAACUCUGAGGUGACAGUGUCGAGCAGCAGCAGGCAGGUCGUCCCAGGCAGUCAACAGCUAAAUUUCAACCAAGAAACGAUGAUGUCAUACACCGACAACAACUUGGAAUCCAGUUAUGAAAACCAUCAAAAUGAAACAGAAGAGGAGUUACCCAGGUACACUACAAAAGAACUGAGAGAUCGUUUUGAAAGAUCAAUAGAAGAGGCUGCUCCACCGAAACCAAUUAAGAUUGAACGUGACAUCAAUCGAUCUAAGUGGUCCUCAAAUGUGACACAAAACAACAUAGUGACUAGUGAGGUUUAUGAAGCAUCCGCUACUAAGGCAGCAGAAGACACAUUGGAUGCAGUGAUGGAUUAUGAGGACUUUCCACCCCCGCCAGCUGAGGAAUCUGACUAUCUUCCACCCCCGCCUCCAGACUUACUACAAAUGCCAUCAGACAGUCAAAAUAUUCCAGCAUGUCAUUACUCACCUGAGCCUCCAGAACCAGCAAAACCCUCCAAAUACCCACUCAACAGAGACGCCUACCUCAAGCAGAGGAGUAUGAAUGAGCUGAAACGUCUUUACAAGCACAUUCAUCCAGAGGUUCGUAAGAAUAUUGAGAAGGAGUACUACAGUGAUUACGAUGAAACCGAGAACAACCAGCUAGAGGGCCAAGAGUACAUGUAUGAGGAUUAUGGUGAUAGUCCUAAUGAUAUCAACAAUGAAGAAUAUGUGGAAUGGGAAGAGAUUCUCCCCGGGGAGGUGCAGGCGAUGCGUUGGAUGUUUGAAAAUAAGCCAUUGGACGCCAUUAAAGAUGAAACUCCUGAUGAGGACGACAACAACAAAAAACUAACUCAACAGGAAAUCAUUUUUGGAAAAGAUGUGAGACGUACAGCUUGGAUGUUUGAGACCAAGCCAAUGGAUGAGCUGAGUUCACACAAUAUCAACUCGACAGAAUAUAAAAACAAAUUCAACAAAUUUGACAAAGGAGAUGUCCGUGCUGCAGCGUGGCUGUUUGAAACCCAAACAAUGGACACUCUAAAUAAAAUGCAUAAGGAGGAGGAUUUAACAAAAGAGAUUGUGUUUACAGAGGAGGAUGGAAAUGCUACUAUUUACAUGAUUGAUAAUAAGUACAUGGAAAGCCUUGGGCACACUGAGACUAUUGACGAGAGCCACCUGUUGAGUCUAAGGUCAGUGUUAGAGGAAAUUAAUGGAGAAGUGAAAACUGUUACAAGCACUUUUGACACUCAGUUUAAAUGCAUCAUUAUGGGACAAUCAAGCCAAAUGCUAGAGAUUAAGUCUGUGCGUAAAAUUGAAACUGAAUUGGAAAACUCUGUUGCUUCACGUUGGCUUUUCGAUACCCAACCUCUGGAGGCGACAAACAGAGAACCUACAUCUUUGAAACUUGUGUGUAGUCUUUCCAUGGAAGACAGCAAUAAGGGAGACUGGGGCAGGUGGUUGUUUGAGAUAAAGACAUUAAAUUCUCUCAAUGAGUGGGAAAGCUCAAAAAUUGAGAAGAAAGAGAUCACUGGAGCUGAUGUGCGCAAGCACUGCUUAGUGUUUGAAACCCAGCCAAUGGAUUCUCUGAAGGAUGACUCCAAUGCGAGACCCCAGUCUAUUGAAGAUGUUAUUGGGGGCAAUGUUAGAUCUGCAAGGCACUUUUUUGAAAGCAGCCCUCAAGCAGAGAGGAAGAAUGGUCCUGAGGUCGGAAAACUUCAAAAGGCAACAGUAAAUGAAGAAAUUAAAGGGGAUGUGAGACACCAAAAGUGGCGCUUUGAGAGUCAACCUCUAGAGCACAUAAGAGAGGAGAAGAAAGAAGUUACUCGCACUGUUAAUGUUGAGGACGACCUCACACAGGAGGAUGGCACAAGCUGCAGGGCAGAUGUUCGCAAGAACUGCUGGGUAUUUGAGAACCAGCCAAUGGAUACUUUAAAAGAUGCUUCAAAUACUCUGCCCCAGACAAAAGAGGAAAUUAUUGCAGGUAACGUGAGAUCAGCCAGACAUUAUUUUGAAACGAUUCCAAAUGAGGAGUUGAAGGAGCUUGCAGAGGUGGGCAAACUGAAAAAAACAGUAGCACUUAAUGAGGAGAGGGGUGAUGUUAGACAUCAGAAAUGGCGAUUUGAAAGCCAAUCCCUGGAGCAGAUCAGAGAGGAAAAGAAGGAAGUCACCAGAACAAUUGACCUGGAAGAAAUUGAUAAAGUGGACGUCUCAAACUACAAGCAAAUCUUUGAGAGCACAGAUUUAAACUGGAGGGAUGAAUCUCAAAAGAUUCUCAUAGAGGGUGUAACAUCUGGUUCUGUGAAAUCAAAUAAAAACCUGUUUGAGUCUACUCCACUGUAUGCCAUGCAAGACAGCUCAGGGCACUUCCACAAGGUGAAAACAGUGCGCCGUGAAGAGGUUGUGAAAGGAGAUGUAACAACAUGUAAGUGGAUGUUUGAGACACGACCAAUCGACCAGUUUGAUGAAAGUAUUGAUAAAUACCAAAUUAUCAAGGGCAUAUCUAAACAGGAAAUAGAGUCUGGUGAUGUUAAAACUGCAAAGUGGUUGUUUGAAACACAGCCUCUUGAUGCUAUCAAGUACUUCAGCAAUAUUGAAGAUGAAGAAGUUGUAGGGACAAGUAAAAACCUUGACAUCAUGAAGGGAGAUGUGAAAACCUGCAAGUGGCUAUUUGAGACAAAGCCAAUGGACAUCCUGUAUGAAAGAGUGGAGUUAAAGGGUAAAGAUGAAUCUGAAGAAAUGCAAAAGGGAGAUGUCAAAACCUGCACAUGGCUUUUUGAGACUCAAGCACUUGAUACUAUCCACGAGGAGACAGCGACCGUUCUGAAAACAUGCACUGUGAAUCAAGAAGACAUUAGAGGAAAAGAUGUAAGAAUGGCUUGUUUUCUCUUUGAGACGGAGAAACUGGAGAACCUCAAUGGGGAGGAGACUGACUCUUUUAAGCGUGUCACUGAGAUAGACAUUGGGUCUGGAGAUGUGUCAAGGAUGAAGUACAUUUUUGAAAACCAAACAGCCGAUAUCAUGACUUCUACAUCUGAGGAAGUAAUGCAAAAGCUCAAGAGAGUUCAGACUGAGGACAUACAAAAAGGAAAUGUGGUGAACUGCAAAUGGCUCUUUGAAAACCAAUCCAUAGAUACAAUCCAUGAUAGCCAAGAAGAAUCUAUGAGCAGCCGCACAGUCAAUGAUGUACAAGGAGGAGAUGUAGAUAAGGGUCGUUUCAUUUUUGAGACCUACUCAUUAGAUCAAAUCCAGGAGGUAUCCUCUGAGAUGGACACAGAGCAGAUGAAAAUUCGAAAGAUUGUCCGUGAUGAAGAUGAGAAGGGCGAUGUGAGAAAUUACACCAUGAUGUUUGAAAAUCAGACCCUUUAUGCCAUUCAGGACAAAGAGGGCUCUUACCACGAGGUCACCACUGUCACAAGUGAAGAAGUAACACGAGGAGAUGUCGUUGGAACCCGGUGGCUGUUUGAAACCAAGCCCCUUGACGCUAUCAAGGACACAGAUGAAGUUUACAUAAUUAAAUCUGUCACACAACAGGAUGUGCAAAAAGGAGAUGUCACCUCUGCUAAGUGGAAAUUUGAGACACAACCUCUCGACAGGAUUGCUGAAGAAAAGAAGGCUUUAAUAAAAACUGUGGAUGAUAUUCAAGGAGGUAAUGUUAGGAUGAACAAAGAUCGUUUUGAGUCUGACGCCCUGUCACAGGAAUCUGUUAGAACACUUAAUGUGAGUGAAAUACAAAAAGGUGAUGUCAGGACUGCGAAAUGGAGAUUUGAAACCCAAUCCAUUGACAAAAUAAGAAGCAUGAGCUCUGAAAAUCUGAUUGAGACAGUUAAAAAGGAGGAGGUUGCAAAGGGAGAUGUUAAACAUUCAGUCUGGCUCUUUGAGAAAAAUCCUCUUGACCACAUUAAAGAGGUAGAUGAAGAUGAAGAUCAUCCAACCAUCAUGCAAGAGGAGAUUUCUAAAGCAGAUGUAAAGACAGCAACAUGGCUCUUUGAAACAACACCAUUUGACAACUUUAAUGAGACAAAAAUGGAGAAGACUGAAAUCCUGGGCAAGAGCGUCAAGGAAACUCUUGAGGAACUUUAUAGUCAGAAAAUGGUAAAGUCGAAGGGAAUACUCAUUGAAGCUGAUGAAAUUGGUGAUGUUAGGAUGGCAAAAUACCAGCUAAUGAAUACGCAGGCUCCAGAGAUUCAACGAGAGGAAGUCAUCAGGGGAGAUCUGCAGACUAUUAUGAUGAACCUACUGAACAGACAGGAAAGAAAGGAGCAGCAGAUAGUCAUAGAUUCAGAAGAGAAGGGUAAUAUCAGUUCAACAGUACAGCAACUAUUCAACCAAGAGAAAGACAGCAAUAUUGAAAGGGAGGAAAUAUUACGAGGUGACAUUCGGGAAGCUAUAAACAACCUUUUCGAUGAGAGUGGGUCAGCAAAACAUGGAAUACUCAUCCAGGAGGAUGAGAAAGGAGACGUGCAGAUGACAAUAUAUUCGCUUCUCAAUAAACAAGAGAAUGUUAAUGUUGAAAAAGAGGACAUUGUAAGAGGGGAUAUAAAGAGUGCUCUUCAAAGACUGUCCAGCCCAGACAAGCCAGAUCAAGCAGUGAAGAUAAAGGUAGAUGACGCUGAAAAAGGAAAUGUUGACUUUUACUCCACAUGCAUUGAAUCUGGGGCUCUCGACUAUCUUAAACAGCUCCAUUUAGGACCUGAUGAGACUCCACCUGACACAGCAGAAAAAGAGAAGAUUGUCGGAGGUGACAUCAAGGGCACAAAACUCAUCCUCGGCUGUAAUCAAGCGCAAAUUGAACGUACAGUGGAGGAUGUUAUACCAGGUGAUGUUCACAACACGGUGAAAGUUUUCAUGUCAGAGCCAACCGUCUCAUUGGAAAGACUCCAAAAGGAGGAGAUAGUCAAAGGUGAUUUAAGAGCUGCUUUGAAUUCAUUGUCUGAAUCAGUGAAUCAGACAGUUGUUUUAGAGAAAGAGGAGGUGGUGAAAGGCAACAUACCGAAAGCCUUGCGGUGCCUGGAGAGGGCUCAAAAGCAGUACAAGGAGACGGAGAAGCCAGAUAUCAUACCAGGAAAUAUCAAAGGGGCUCUGAGAUCUCUUGAGAAAUCAGCAACAUCCAGAGUUGAAGCUGCUGUUGAGGAUUUAGUUCCUGGAGAUGUGAAGGCCACACUAAAAUCUCUGGAGCUGGCAAAGCAAGCUGUGAGGGAAGUUGAAAAGGAAGAAAUUGUGAGGGGUGAUGUUCGCACAGCAAUGCAAUGUCUACGAGAUGCCUCGACUGAGAGGAGAAAGUGUCAACAGUUAACAGAUGUUCAGGGAGAUGUCAGAGGAACGAUUCAACUCUUAAUGGAGACUCCACCUUCACCGACGAUGCAAAGGAACCCAAGCCUCGAGGGUGACGUAAAGGGUGAUGUCAAAAUGUCAAUUAAGUCAUUAUAUGAGAUGCAGGAGCAAACCCAGCUGGAGAAAGAGGAAGUGAUAAAGGGUGAUGUUAAAGGAACUAUCAAAUCGUUGUUGGAAACAGCACAGCGUGAAACUCCCAAAGUCAGAGUUGGAGCAUACAGAAAAGUUAGAGUCAAGCAGAGUCCUCAUGUUAAAAACAUAAACGCUGAUGCACAGAGGAACAUACAAAAGAUAAAAACAGCUAACUUAGUUGAAACAUCAAAAGAAAAUCACUCCAUCUCUAAUGAAACUGAAAUUGUUAGAACAAAGUCAUGUUCUGUGGAGCAGUCUGCUCAGCAAUCAACAACUGUGGUGGAGCAUAAAACAAUUACCCAAAACCACGGCAUCAAAACAUUAAACACAAAGUUUCGUAAUCUAAAGUCUAACCCAAAGGGAAUGAUAAAAGUAGAUAAAACCAAAGUUAAAACUGAUGUUUACAUCCUAAAACCACAAGAGCCAGAGCCUGAUCUGCCUCUCCCACCUCCACCUCCACCAGUGGUAGACGCUGACCUACCUCCUCCUCCCUCUGCUGAUUCUGACAUUGAUCACCUUCCUCCUCCACCACCACCACUCACCAGUGAGCAGGACUUCCUCCCACCUCCUCCAUCUCAACAAGAACUGGAGAGCAUGCCAACACAGGCAAUUCAUCCUUCACCAUCAAAAGCAAAAAAGAUGACGGUCAAAAAAGUGAAAGCUCCUGUUUUGUACCAGGUCCCGAAAAUGGAGCCUAAAGUGGAAUUCAGUAAAACACAACAGGUGGAGGUUGCAUCAAAGAAAGUGGUAGAAAUUAGCCAAAACCAAUCAAAAUCAACAACACAUACAUCAAAAACUGCUUCAUGUGAAAUCCCUAUACCGCCUGGGUCACCACAACCACUAAAGAAAGUUUACAUCUCUCCUGUGAAAUUCACCCCUCCACCCUCUCCUCCGCCUUUCAUGAGAGGGCAAAUGAGUAAAUUUAACACUCCAUUAAUAAAAGCAGAAGGAAAAUACCGAAAGCUGAGGGAGGAAAACACACCCCCAACUACUCCACCACCCACUUACAUACAUGACUCAGUUACCGCUGCUCUUGAAAUGCUUUCCACCAAAGACACAGAGCAGUCAAAUAACAACAGAUCAGAAAUCACACCAGAGAGAGCUGAAAAGAUGGCAUUGAAUGUUCAUUCAGACUCUCAAUCAUGUGAUUUAUCCAAGCAUGUUGUAGUCUCAAAUACCCCCCAGAGCAAUGUGAGCGCUAGUCAUAAGACAACCCUCAUAGAUUCAACGAUUAUAUCUUCUGCUAAACAGCAAAUUGUGUCUAAUGAGAAGGUUGUCUCCGUUCAAAAGACCUCAUCUGUCUCAGCUGUUAGACAACAGAUGCAUACAACUGCACAGAAAACAGUUUCUGUUUCCUCCAAGCAGUCUGCUCAGUCUGUCAUGACUGACAAAGUCCAGACCUCAAUCAUUGAUGUUGCAAAAACUGAAGACAUGAUGGCUGAUAGAAAGACUGAUUCUAAAAAUCAAACAAAGGGCUCCAACAAAUCUGAAGAUAAAAAGAAAGAUGAAAUCCCUGUUAAAAUAGUAAAACCUGAACCUGCUGUCACUACUGAGGAUAAUGUCAAAUCAAGCAAAUCACAAUCUGAGAAAAAGAAGACAAAAGGUAAUACAGCACCAGAAUUACCCAAUAACCUUUGCAAUCAGUCAAAAAUAGAAAAUGUCACCUCAGACAAAAAUGUAAAGGAGUCAAAAUCACCACAGCGUGAUAACAAGAAGAAAACUGAUCAUUCUCCCACCAAGAACCAAGAGAAAGUUUCUGAUCAGCCAAUGCACACAGAAAAGGCAGCUGCCAAUACAAAUGGAAAAACAGGCAAACCAAACCAAAAGGUGAAAAAGAACAAUAAACAAGAAAAGCAAGUAGAGACAAAAACAUCCAAUGAGAGUAGUGAGAAACAGAGUGUUUCACAAGAUUUCAAGGUGGAAGUGAGGGAAGUUACUGAGGUGAAAGUGAUCAGUGAAGCUAAAGAAGUAAAGACAGAGGUAAAGCAGGGGAUUAAGAAAGUUACUCCCUCUCCUGCUGCUGCCUCCGUUCCUGCUGUUAGCAUAACUGACAGCCAACUAGAAACUCCAACUCCAGCAAAGAAGAAAAAGAAAUCCAAAAAGUCUAAAGGGGGUGCACAGCCAGGCCAAGGUAAAGAGUUUUCCACAGAGUCAAAGACAGAUGUUACAGAAACCAAGACAGCAACAUCUGAAAAAUCCCACAAAACUCAGGAAACAAUUGCAGUUGCCCAAAUUCACAAAAAUAUACAAGAACAGCAUAUUCAAAUCAAGACAGAAGUCACUACCACAGAAAGUAAAGAUGAUAAAAAUUCAGAGCAACAAAAAGCAGUUCAAAAGCAUGUGAAGGGAUCACAAAAGAAGAAAGGAGUGACAGUUAUUCAGCAGAGCACAGAGGAACCACCAGAAGAAAGUAGGGAUGUCCCAAUUACAGUGACAGGCGAGUCAGAACAAAAUGAACGGGUCAAGUCCACAGCGGGGAGAACAGAGGAAGCGCAGAGGCAAGAGGUCCAAGUGUUAAUCUCUCACAUCACAGAGAUACAAAGAGUUUCAGAAAAGACUGAUUCUAAAUCUGCAAAGACUCUGCUCAAUACAGUUCCAGAUUGGCUCAUGAGUCUGGAAAGAAAAUGUGAACUGGAGGGAUCUGUAGUGGAAAGUGAUGCAAAAAAAAAUUAUGACAUUCUUUCACAUGUGAGGAAACUAGCAGAGGCUAAACUAAUGCAUCUAGAAGAUAAUGAGACAAUGGAGAAGCAUGAAUGUGAGCCAGUUUCUGAGAAAUCUGUUUCUGGCGGGGCAACACCAAGAAUAUCCAAGAUCAGUAUUGGUUCAGCCAAAAUUGAGAACCAAACAAAUAAAAAGCCCUCCCAUGAAAGAAGGAAAGAAGAAGUCAGUUAUUGCAAGUCUGUCGACCUUCGGGCUCCCUCGCCGUCACUGAGGAUGUGUUCUCCCUCACCAACGUUUAUCACUAUUGAAUCCACACGAAGGACUGACUCACCCCAGAGAGUUACUCCGUCACCUACUCUGCUGCACAGGCCACCCACACCUCCCACACCGCCACCACGCAGGUGUGACACCCCGACAUCACGCCUCACUAGAAUCACACCGUCCCCAACUUUUGACAGAGCAGAAAAUUUGGCUCGGCUUAAAGACACGACGGCCAAGCUUUCACGUGGCGUCACCCCACCACCACUACUUCCCCAACAAAUCUCAGAGAGGAAAUCGGAGAUUGUGGAUUCGCCUGCAUCAUUCCAUCGGCAAAUCAAAACCGAGUCCCAACUUGUGGAGGCUUCAGGGACAUUGAUUGUAACAACAAAGCCCAAAAAGAGUUUAUCUGGGGAAGCUCAGCGGGCUGAUGUAAAUUCUGCACAUGUAGAAGAUCAAGCUAAUAUUUCAGAGGGUUUGAAUACAAAUGAAAUGCAAAGUAAGUCUGAGACCCAUGUGUCAUUGUGUCAAAAUGACCUAGAUCUUGUUGAAGCUGCAGAUAUUUCAGAGCCAUCCUCUGCAUCUGUCAAAGAAAAGAGAGAGUUUUUUGAAGAGGCUCAAAAAGCUGAAAUUAAUAAGACCUAUAUGCGAAAGGAUCCUAUUGCUAUCCCUGAAUGA